ACACACGUCUGGCUUUUUGUCAGAAGUCUUCAUGGAAAGAGUGGCACGUGGUGGGAUGAACAUCUUUCUGAAGAAAGUGUCCCAUUUGUUAAGCAGUUGGUCUCUGAUGAAGAUAAAGCUCAGUUAGCAAGGAAACGGUGUCCCCUGAAAGAUGAGCCGUGGCCUCGACAUCCUUGGGAACCAGGUUCCUCUAGAGUUGGCCUGAUUGCCUUGAAGCUGGGCAUGAUGCCUUUAUGGACCAAGGAUGGUCAGAAGCAUGUGGUCACGUUACUUCAGGUACAAGACUGUCAUGUCCUAAAAUAUACUCCAAAGGAAAAACACAAUGGAAAAAUGGCAGCCCUGUCUGUAGGCGGAAAAACUGUGUCCCGUUUCUGGAAACCUACAUCUGUAUUGGAAUUUUACCGAGAGCUUGGACUGCCUCCAAAACAGAAAGUUAAAAUCUUCCAUGUAACAGAUAAUGCUGUAAUUAAACCAGGCACGCCUCUGUAUGCUGCUCACUUUCGUCCGGGACAGUAUGUGGACGUCACAGCCAAAACCAUUGGUAAAGGUUUUCAAGGCGUCAUGAAGAGAUGGGGAUUUAAAGGCCAGCCUGCCUCGCAUGGUCAGACGAAAACCCACAGGAGACCUGGAGCCAUUUCAACUGGCGAUGUUGCCAGAGUCUGGCCUGGAACUAAAAUGCCUGGAAAGAUGGGAAACAUAGAUAGGACGACCUAUGGACUGAAAGUGUGGAGAAUAAACACAAAGCAUGAUAUAAUCUAUGUAAACGGCGCUGUACCUGGACAUAAAAACUGCCUGGUAAAGGUCAGAGAUUCUAGCCUGCCUGCAUAUAAAGAUUUUUGUAAAAACCUUCCAUUCCCUACUUAUUUUCCUGAUGGAGAUGAAGAGGAGCUCCCAGAAGAUUUGUAUGAUGAGAACGUGUGGCAGCCCAGUGCACCUUCGAUCACGUUUGCCUGACAUCUUUGGACAUGGCAAAGCCAUACGUGUUCCUGAGCGUCGAUGAGCCAGAGUAACAGUGUAACCAGGAAUUGCAUUUUCCUUUCUUAGUCACAGCACCACACUUGUUAUCUUUGUCAGAGACAGACACGUAUUGCUCAUCUCCCACUGAAUUUUGUAACAGUUAAGUGGACUGGGUUUGCUAAAAUUGGCAGUUUGCAUAUUAACAAAAUAUUUGUGAUUUGUGGGCUUUAUUAUUUUUAACUGCAUAUUUCCCAGGUCAUCUUAAGAGACUUAUAUAUUUGACCUGUAUGAAAGAUUUGUCCAGCUUUGUGAAAGGGUAGUUGUGGAAUAGCAGAAAACUACAUGGAGACUGUUGUGUGAACUAUUUGGACCAAAAAUGUUGCUCAAAUUUAUUCUUAUUAUUUUUCUGCAUUUUAGAGCCAAAAAGGGAGAAAGUGAGAUUUUUAUUUAAGUCACAGAAAUGAAUGUUGAAAGCCUCACAAAGGAAAGACAAUAAAAUUAUAAAUUAUGGGUCCUG